AUGUUUUUCUCUUGCAAUUUUCCUUCCUUCCCUUUUCUGAUUAAUUUUUUUCUCAAUCUUUACAGUCUGUACCUGUGUCUCUUUUCUUUCAAAUCCGUACCUGUCUUUUCUAUCUUACGUCUGUACCUGUCUCUUUCUAUCUUACCGUCUUACCGUCUCUUUCUAUCUUACCGUCUGUAUCUCUUUCUAUCUUACCGUCCGUACCUGUCUCUUUCUAUCUUACCGUCCAUACCUGUCUCUUUCUAUCUUACCGUCCGUACCUGUCUCUUUCUAUCUUACCGUCCGUACCUGUCUCUUUCUAUCUUACCGUCCGUACCUGUCUCUUUCUAUCUUACCGUCCGUACCUGUCUCUUUCUAUCUUACCGUCCGUACCUGUCUCUUUCUAUCUUACCGUCCGUCCUGUCUCUUUCUAUCUUACCGUCCGUACCUGUCUCUUUCUAUCUUACCGUCCGUACCUGUCUCUUUCUAUCUUACCGUCCGUACCUGUCUCUUUCUAUCUUAUCUGUCUCUUUCUAUCUUACGUCCGUACCUGUCUCUUUCUAUCUUACCGUCCGUACCUGUCUUUUCUAUCUUACCGUCCGUACCUGUCUCUUUCUAUCUUACCGUCCGUGCCUGUCUCUUUCUAUCUUACCGUCCGUACCUGUCUCUUUUCUAUCUUACCGUCCGUACCUGUCUCUUUCUAUCUUACCGUCCGUACCUGUCUCUUUCUAUCUUACCGUCCCGUACCUGUCUCUUUCUAUCUUACCGUCCGUACCUGUCUCUUUCUAUCUUACCGUCCCGUACCUGUCUCUUUCUAUCUUACCGUCCGUACCUGUGUCUCUUUCUAUCUUACCGUCCAUUACCUGUCUCUUUCUAUCUUACCGUCCGUACCUGUCUCUUUCUAUCUUACCGUCCGUACCUGUCUCUUUCUAUCUUACCGUCCGUACCUGUCUCUUUCUAUCUUACCGUCCGUACCUGUCUCUUUCUAUCUUACCGUCCGUGCCGUCUCUUUCUAUCUUACGUCCAUUCCUGUCUCUUUCUAUCUUACCGUCCGUACCUGUCUCUUUCUAUCUUACCGUCCGUACCAGUCUCUUUCUAUCUUACCGUCCGUACCCGUCUCUUUCUAUCUUACCGUCCGUACCCGUCUCUUUCUAUCUUACCGUCCGUACCCGUCUCUUUCUAUCUUACCGUCCGUACCCGUCUCUUUCUAUCUUACCGUCCGUACCCGUCUCUUUCUAUCUUACCCGUCCGUACCUGUCUCUUUCUAUCUUAUCUUACCUGUCUCUUUUCUAUCUUUACCGUCUCUUUCUCUCUUUCUAUCCCGUCGUACCGUCUCUUUCUAUCUUACCGUCCGUACCUGUCUCUUUCUAUCUUACCGUCCGUACCUGUCUCUUUCUAUCUUACCGUCCGUACCGUCUCUUUCUAUCUUACCGUAUCUUCUCUUUCUUUCCGUCCGUUCUUUUCCUAUCUUACCGUCCGUCCUGUCUCUUUUCUAUCUUACCGUCCAUCUUACCUCGUCCUUCUCUAUCUACCGUCCGUCCGUGUCUCUUUCUAUGA